UUUCAGCUCAUCUUUUCUUCUCUUUUCCAGAUCUCAAAAUCACGAAUUCUCUCUUCAAUAUUCUGUCAGAUUUACUCGAUAUACUGCUACAUUAUUCAACUUCAUUCAUUACGAUCAUCAAUAACUGCGAAUUCAGCAAAAAACGGAAUGGAAGAUUUACAGAUUUUAUUACAAUAUGAUGGCUCAUGGGAAGAUAAUUCAUCUUAUUCAAAUUAUAGAGUAUCUGGAAUCAUAUUACCAAAGAAUUGUAACUUCACAAAUCUUGUUGAUAUAAUCUCUACUGAAAUGAAGAUUCAGCUUAAACAAAAUAAAUUAGUUAUUAAGUACAAAAUCAGUGAUGAUUGUCCUCCAAUAAGUAUUGAAGAUGAUGCAGGUCUUACAUUCUACAAAGAGCUUAAGAGAAAAGAUAAUGACAUUACAAAAUAUAGAAUAUGUGUAACAUUAGAGAAAAAGAGGAAAAGAGUCUAUUCUAGUGAGACAUCAAAUGCAACUGUAAACCAAGAUAACAUGGAAUUGGUUUUACAAAAUAACAUGUUGUCUAUGGAAGGAGAAUCUUCAGCAUUAAGAGAGACAUCAGAGAAUAGCAUGAAUAUGAUUGAAUAUGCAAAUCUUUUAUCUGAUAUUGGAGAGACAUAUCUUGAGGAAGACUUCCAAGAAUUUGUUCAAGGUUCAAGGGAUAUAGAAAUUGGGAAAAAGUAUAGGGAUAAAAAUUCAUUGAAGAGUGAAAUAAGCCUCUAUGCACUAUCAAAACAUUUUCAAUUCAAGAAUGUCAAUGGAAUCUAUACGCUUCAAAGAUUGGUUACACAAAAGCAUUUGUGA